GUCAAAUAAACGUACUUGCACAAAACGUACAGCAUAUGCUUAAAAUGGAUGUCAUUUCAACUACUAGUACCUUUAACAUGACCAAGGAACCCAAAAUAUGGGAAUCAACAGUGCCACCGGUCUUACAGUUUGUUUUAGGAGUAAUCGGAAACUUAAUUGCACUUAUCGCACUGGUAGGGGCCAGAAAAAGACACAAAUGGAGACCAUUUCACAGACUAGUCGCAGGUCUAGCUUUGACAGACGGCGGGGGAGUUCUACUAGUCUACCCGACAGUUAUGAUCAGAUAUGCCUCCGACUUUACGUAUGAGUUUCCAAAACCUCUGUGUGACUACAGUUCUUUUAUAUUUACUUUUAUGCUGAUAUCGUCAGCAAUGAUUGUUUGUGCGAUGUCUUUUGACCGUUUUAUUGCUAUUUUGUAUCCCUUCAAAUACAAUGUACUUGGUAAAAAACAUCGAGCAAACAUUAUGUUAAUUUCCAUCUGGAUUUUCGGCGCUUUCAUAUCCAGUUUACACUUGAUGGGACUUGGAUCCAGUUUUAAUUACUACCCAGGUUCCUGGUGCUUUCUGAACUUUGUCGGAGUAACUAUCCUGGACAGAGUUAAUUCUUACGUUUACUCCUUAUUUGGAUUGCUAAUCCUAUUUACAACCAUCUCUUUCAAUGUGCUUGUUAUUAUGUCACUUUGCAGGCAUUUUAAAGAGGACACAACAAUUUCCAAAACCAAAAGAAGAAAAACUGACAUCUUCAACGUGAUUUUAUUGCUCGUGAUUGUUACCCUUUUUACGGUUUGCUGGACUCCACUGAUGUUCACAAUUCUUGGGCACGCAGCUUUGUGGAUCAGCGGUAAUGGUUCUAGAGAGCUAACAGUCGUAAGAUUUGGCGUCACUAACUCCAUUAUCGAUCCCUGGAUAUACAUACUUCUGAGGAAAGAAAAUUUCAAAGCACUCCAGAGACGAUUUAGGGGUAUUUUCGGGAAAAUCACUUUUGCAACAGACAGUGGUGAUCAAGAAGUCACACCGUCAUCUCAUUCGCGCAAGAAGAGUUCAGAUAACACUCUGUCGUCUGGCAAAACACUCUCAACAGACGAUAUGUUUACUCCGGGUUUGAGUAAAAAGUAACUGACUAUUUCCUACCUGAAAAACCAUUCUGCAUAUGUUUAUGUAUGAUUUUAUC